UUUUUUUUUUUCUAGUGAUCCAACCCUAGGGCUUUGUUAACGAAUUUGCCAGCGGCUGGCAUCCGGCGAGCGCAAUCUUGGAUGGAUGGUUGAAUGACCCUUCAAGCUACGCCUGCUCACCCUAGGCUUGAACCCCUAAAGACUUGUUGCGGCCAAAUUGCCCGCAAUUCCGCGCAGUACUCACGAACGGAAUCCGCCAUACCUAUGCAGUGCAGAAUACGUCUAGGACAGUAAUUCAAAGAGUGAACGACGUCUCAGGAUAGACUAGAAGCAACACCACAAGGAAGUCGUCGGCCAUGUCUUUCUCGAACCACAACACCCACACAUUCCCUUCGUCGCGCUCCCCCUCGGAGAACUACUGGCGUGCGAGCGCGAGCCGCAGCCCUGGAAACAAUCGGCUCGGUGGCUAUGGGUUCUCGCAGCCUCCGCCUGGGGUGACGAACAACCUGAACAAUUUCUUCUCGGGCGAUCGGUCCCUCCCUAUGUAUAAGGACAAGCCGUACUUUGCUCCGCGACGCACCGGCCCAAGAAGUAGGAGGAGAAAGGUCUUGUACGGCGGGAUUGUGGUGUUUGUGCUGGUUUCUCUGUGGUAUUACACGACGGGGUCGAGUGGAUGGAGCAGGCCUCCGUUUCAGCCGUCGGACUCGAGAGUGGGAGAGGAGUUGUGGAAGUGGGUGCAGACGUUGGAAUCGGAGCCGGCGUAUGAUGGGACCGCAGUGAAGGAUAUUGAUUGGGAGGCUAGAAGGGAGAAGGUUCGGGGUGCGUUUAUUGUGAGUUGGGAUGGGUAUGAGCAGUAUGGGUGGGGACUCGAUGAGUAUCAUCCGAUUGCUAAGAAUGGCAAGACCAUGGUUGCUGGUGGCAUGGGGUGGAUUAUUGUCGACGCCCUCGACACGAUGAUGAUCAUGAACCUCACCUCGCGGGUGCAGCAUGCGCGCACCUGGAUCCACAACUCGUUGCAGUAUAACCAGAACCACGAUGUGAACACCUUUGAAACCACGAUCCGCAUGUUAGGCGGUCUUCUCUCAGCACACUACCUCUCCACACAAUAUCCCGAUCUCGCUCCCAUCAAAGAGGAUGACGUGGGCUCUCCAGGAGAGGACCUGUAUAUCGAGAAAGCCACAGACUUGGCCGAAAGGCUGCUCGGGGCUUUUGAUUCACCGUCAGGAAUUCCCUAUGCGAGCAUCAACCUCAACACGUCGACGGGGAUCCCGUCGCACGCGGACAACGGGGCCUCGUCUACGGCCGAGGCAACCACGCUGCAGCUCGAGUUCAAGUACCUGGCCAAGCUCACUGGGGAAGCAGAGUUCUGGCGCGCGGUCGAGAAUGUGAUGCAAGUCGUGGAUGGCCAGCAGGCUGUUGACGGUCUCGUACCUAUCUACAUAUACCCGGACACGGGUGAAUUCAGAGGAGAGAACAUCCGCCUCGGUAGCAGAGGCGAUUCUUACUACGAAUACCUCAUCAAACAAUACCUCCAAACCUCCGAAGACAUCUACAAAGACAUGUGGGACGAAGCCCUAGCAGGCAUCCGCAAACACCUCAUCACAUAUACGCAAAACGCGCGCCUCACCGUGCUCGGCGAACGUCCCUACGGACUCGACGGCGCGCUCUCCCCGAAAAUGGACCACCUCGUGUGUUUCCUCCCGGGCACGAUCGCCCUGGGGGCCACGGGCGGCGCGCCGCUCUCCGCCGCCAAGCAGUCCGCCGCAUGGACCCAACAACAAGACGAGGAGAUGCUCCUAGCCACGGAGCUGAUGAAAACCUGCUGGGCGACGUACCUGGCCAGCAAGACGGGGCUCGCCGCGGAAAUCACGUAUUUCGAAAUCGACUCUCCGCCCGACGACGACGACCUCCCCCCUCUAAAGUCGGACCCGAUCUACCCGCUCCCGGAGAGCCCUGCCUCGGAUCCGUCUCCGUGGCGAUCCGACAUCGACAUCCACGCCCAAGACCACCAUAACCUGCAACGGCCCGAGACCGUCGAGUCCCUCGUGUACAUGUACCGCAUCACCGGCGACGAAACCUACCGGCACUGGGGCUGGGAGAUGUUCAAAUCCUUCAUGAGCCACACGGCGGUGGUCGAGAAGAAGAGCGAAUCCUCCGGCGACGACGGCGACGGCGACGGCGGCCCCACGUCCAGAAUCAUCGGGUUCACGUCGCUGUCGAACGCGAACGUCGUCCCGCCGAUCCAGCGCGAUAACAUGGAGAGUUUCUGGAUGGCCGAAACCCUCAAGUAUUUCUACCUGUUGUUUUCUGAGCGCGGGUUUCUUGCGCUGGAGGACCAUGUGUUUAACACCGAGGCGCAUCCGUUGCCGCGGUUUACGCCUACGGGGGAGUUGAAGACUGGUUGGGCGCGGAGGGCGAGGAGGAGUCCUUCUGCGGUGCAGUCUUAGGGGGACCUGAGUUGGAUAUAGAGAGAGAGAGUGUGAAAAGGUUUUUG